AUGCUGAAAAUCCUCCACGCAAUCAUUAGCUCCCUUUUCAUCGUCAUCGGGCUCGCCACUCCCCCUCCUGGUCAUGCUCCACCUCUGCUAGGUCUCGUUCUUACUCCCGGGGGCCAACAAGACAGCGCAAACGUCCACAUCGUCCCAGAUCGCGCUCGAAUCACCCGCGUAGUCAGCGAAAUCCACGUCUUCCACGAGAACGGCACGCUGUUCAAAACCGUGCCAGUGACAAACGCAGGCCCUCCCAGCAAUGUCACACGCAGAGUCGCGCCAGCGGCCUCUGGCUGGAUCACCUAUGCCUAUUGGUACAAAACGACUGGCGAUCCCAUCGCAUGGUUUGAGACGGACUUCGUUGUCCCGCCAGCCCCAGCAUCAUGCACCGGCCAAACUGUCUUCUUAUUCCCUGGGAUCGAGCCCGCUAGUGGAACUUCAAUCGUGCAGCCGGUACUUCAGUAUGGUCCGUCUUCAAUUGGAGGCGGGAAUUUCUGGGUCAUUGCGUGCUGGUAUGUGGUCGGGACACAAUACUUCGCCACGAAGUUGUCCCAAGUCCCCGUCGGACUGGCCUUGCGUGGGCUGAUCGACCUCGAGUACGUCGCCACGCCCACGGACUGGAGCUACUGGGUCGGAAUGUAUGUGGCUGGAGGAGAUAUAGGCAUGAGAAUCGACAGCCCAGAAGAGCUCGUCUGGGCGACGCUCACGCUCGAGGCAUACAAUAUUGUUGGGCCACAAAGCUAUCCGGCAGGGCCGACCACGUUUAGCGAUGUCCUGAUUCGCGUUGGUGACUGGGAGUGGGACGAUCCCGGUAGUUCGUGGUCAGUGGUGAACGAUGCGACGGAGGGAAUAACAACAAAUGUUGUCGUGAAUUCGAUGUCAGAUGGUGUUGUAGUUAUCGAUUACUGA